CUGCAACAAGACGGUCCCAUCUCCAGCCUCCUCAGGUCGGCGCCACGACCGGGUGGGAAAACGUCAAAAGUUACUUUUAAAAUCACACUGACAUCAGAUCCAAAGUUGCCAUACAAAGUGUUGAGUAUACCUGAAGCCACCUUUUCCACUGCAGUUUUGAAGUUUGUAGCAGAAGAACUUAAAGUACCUUCCGCAAGCAGUGCUAUUGUAACGAAUGAUGGAAUCGGAAUCAACCCAGCUCAAACAGCAGGAAACAUUUUCUUGAAGCAUGGGUCAGAACUGCGACUUAUUCCUGGGGAUCGAGUCAGAAGCCAUUAAGUUUGUCACCUAGAACUGUUUUUCUGCUGAAGGGAGCUAUUUUUAGAUUUGUUUUGAACAUUUGUUUCUGAUUUUAAUAUGCAUUCAUUUUAAGUACUAGUUGGAUGCCAAGAGUCUGAUGAAAUGGCAAGUCUGAGCAGAGAUGAUCCUAUAUGAUCUAUGUUUAAAAGUCUACUUUCAAAUGAAAGGUAAUCAUUAAGUGGUGUAUGCAAGGAAUUUUCCAAAGCAUCCUUCAUAAAGUCUGUUCGUAAAAUGCCUGGCAUUAAAUGAUUGGUUACAUUCCCAAGUAUUUUGAACUGUAUUGUUUGUUUCCUUCAUUCAAGAAAGAUGAAUGCUGAAAUUUAUUUAUCUAAAAGUAAACUGUAGAAACUUUAAUUGUAUCCCAUCCUAAAACUAUAAGCUUUGAAGUAUAUAUAAUGUUUCAAAAUAAAAACUUAAUUUGUUCAUUGGUUUUAGUUGCUGCAGCUUGUCUGGGCAAAAUAUUCUGAACCUUAUUGUUGUAGCCAGAGAUGAAAAUUAAUUACCUAUCCAAAAUGCUUUAAUUGACAAAACUGUUCUUAAAUUUGACUUAAUUGCAAGCAACAGUUGCACCCUGUCAGUUUUAUUCCCAAACUUGAAACUGCUUGUACCUAUUAAAACAAGUAUCAAAUGAGCAACCAUAAAAAAAACAAGACAGUCCGAUCAAGGUGUGAUGGGAGACAGUGAUACUCGAAGGGGGU